AUGGACUUCUCUCUGGGCCUACGUUUGGGGCCUCGGAACAAGGAGGCCAGCCACCAACAGCCCCCUCCACCCUCCGGGCACGGCCCACCAGCUGCCUCCCCUUGUCUGUCCUGCCCCCCCUCCGCCUGUGCCUGCCCCUGCCCUGGCUGUCCCCCUCCCAGCUGCUCCGGCACCACCUAUCCCUAUUACGCAGCUCCCUGCCCCUCCUGUCCCGGCCUCCCUGGCCCACCCUGUACCUGCCCCUGCCCGCCCUGCCCUGCCUGUGCCCCCUUGACUUGUCCCCUCAGUUCCUGCAGCCCCUGCUCUGCUCCGCAUUUGACCUGCUGCCACCCCUCUCCCUGCCCCAUGUACCCUUGCUCCAGGGGUCAAGCCGCCUGUUCCAGCUCCUGCUUGGGCUGCAGUGACAGCUGCGGCCAUGGCCGGGGGGCUGCCCGGGGACCUCCAGGCUCUGCUGGCCGCUGCAGCUGCUGCUUCAGGAGACACCGCACCUCUCGACACUGUCUGAUAGUCUAGCUGGGCUGUUGCCCCUUGAGAGAUUGCCAGUCUUCCAGGGCACUUCUGCAGCUGCUUCCUCAGGGAGGAGGCAGAAGCUCUGGAGGACGGAGAAGGAUCAGCUGGACCCCUCACCCAGGCAGGGAGAGGAGGCUGGCUGCUCAGGUCCCCCGGCCUUCUCCUCAGUCCCGGGAGUGAGAGCGGGACAUCUGCUUUGAAGCUAGUUUCUGGGCAUGCUCUCAUUGGUUCCAGAGCCUCCUCUUCUGCAACUUCUGGAAUGGAAAGUGUUCUUCUCACAGCCUCUCCCAUGGCCCCUGAAGGGUGGCCAAAUAGCUCUAAGUGGUGGAGAAAACUUAUUUACAGAAGAACUCCAGCUAACGUAGAAGGAAUAUGCAAUUAGAAAAAUCACCAUUUGGCAACCCCUAAUGAAACAAUUGAUCAAAGCAAGAAUCGUCAAUGGAUGAAACCAAGGAUGGUGGUUGAUGGAGAACUUUACAAUGGAGGAAUAAGGCUGUCACUACCUGACCCCACUGAUGAAUCUCAGCAUCGCUAAAAACGGCACAACCACAUGCCGUGUACCUCCUGAUAUGAUGCAGUCUGAAGCACUCAGCACCACCUGUGAAGGACUCUUGCCAAACAAAGAAACAAACAAAAAAACUGAACAUGAUUCUAAUCAAACCUCUAGAGCUAACCUCCAUUUAAUGAGAAAUAUGGGGGGUGGAGGAACAAAUUAAAUGACACAACAAGGAAGUAAGAAAACACAUCCAGAACGUGGGACAUUCUAAAGGAGAUCUGACUGAAUUUCUUCAACUAGUCAAUGGCUGGUGGUGGUGGUGGUGGGGAGACCUUGUUUGGUUCCUGAUUGGGACCACCCAAUUGUAAAGAGACAUUUUUAGACUGUUGGAAACAUUUAAUUAUGAACUGAGUACUUACAAUGCCAAGGAAUCUGUGUUGAUUUUGUUAAAUGUGAAAAUGGCUUUGAGGUUAUGUAAGAAAAGGUCCGUAUUUCCUAGAGAUGCAUACUGAAGUAUGGAGUGAAGUGAUGUAUUUAAAAGUAUUUUGGCAAACAAAAAAAGAAAGGAGAAGAAGGAACAAAGGGACAAAAAUCAAUAUUGUUGAAUUAAGUAUAUAGGGUUUCAUAGAACUAUGCUCUCUACCUUUAUGUAUGUUUGAACAUUUUCAUAAUAGAAGUUUUAAAUGAUGCGCCUCUGGUAAGCAUGAUUCCUAGUAAUUCCCAGAGCAUCCUCCCCACCUGCCCUGAAAGCCAGACUUCCCCUGUGACUUCCCACACACAGACCCCAGCCCUCCUUGCCCUCUACUAGAAGUGUGUCCUAGAGAUGGAAUUGCCCUCCCAGGCUGUCCUUUAUCCCCUUCAGUCCCCUGCUGCUCAGCUGGCACAUUUCCCAUGUGCAGGAUCUUUCCCAGCUGUGCUUCACAGCUUCGAGGGGCCAGGGGAAUCUUAAAGAGUUAACAUAUUUUGAAUAGGUCCUACAAUAAAAGUAAUCCAAAAUAAUGUAAUCUUCCUUAAAGUCUCUCUUUGUCAGGUGCUUCUGAGCAAAAUGCAACUCAAUAAUGGAGAGCACUGGCCUCCAUCCUG